AUGCCACGUCCAAAAGUGCAUCCGAAUCUUCGCCAGCGGGCGGCGGAAGCGUGCAGCUUCUGUCGCGCAUCCAAGAAGCGUUGCAGCGCGACGGUUCCUUGCGCUGCUUGUCUGAAACGGGGCAUCGCAGAAUCGUGUCGUCUAUCCAAAAGUUCAAAGAGCCCAAGAGUCUCGCUUCCUGGCCCGGGACCUUCCACGGCGCCACGCCUUGUUGAAGAAGACCAUAGCGCUGAACCAACAACACCUAAUAUCAUCCCCUCAGGUCAUAACCGACCUUCGUCACCGCCCAGCUCUCCCAAUAAUGCCGUUUUGGUACCCCAAAGUAAUGAUACGAGUAGCGUUCAAGUCUCGUCGUUUGAAACCGAGUCGCAGACGAGGAUGUUGCUAAAUCGAAGCGGCAACAGGAUGUUCAUCGGCGAGGCAGCUUCUAUAUCCUUCCUUCAACUUGUUCGUGACACCGUUUCAGCGAAUUUAGGACCAUCUCAAUUUUCCCACAACGAUAAAGUCGAUAGAAUGCUGGAGGCCCAGCCUCUGUCACUGGGUACGAGCUGCCCAAGCCCCGACUUUUUCUCUGAAGAAGCAUCAUCGUAUUUCGAUGUGUAUUGCUCAUCGACCACUGGACUGAUUGAUAUCCUAUCGACUACGGAGUCGACGCAGUUUUGCCGCAUAGACGGAGAGACUUGCCCAGGUGCACUUUCAACUAAUUCGACAAUACGGGAUCUAGUUAUCGCCAUCGGAGCACAAUGCCAAUCCCUUGCAAGUUCCCAGAAUGCAGGAGAGAGGUACUUUCGCCGUGCCCAGCUUGCUGCAUUCUCCACGAUGCUAGAAGACCCUAGCAUCGACAUGGUUCGUACAUUUCUACUAAUGUCAUUCUACAUGCUAGGGCAAUGCCGUCGGAACAAGGCAUUUAUGUAUCUCGGCAUAGCGACAAGGGCUGCAACAUCCACUGGUCUUCAUAACAGUGGCUCCUAUUCUGGUACAUGCAACCUAGAGACUCAUCUGAGGGCUCAGGUAUGGAUGAGUCUCUGUAAUGUCGACAUACUUGUCAGCUCCAUCCUUGGCAGGCCUCCUGCUACUGGCGGUUUGCGCUUGGAUGUCGAGAAAGAUCCAAUAGACGUAGUUGAAGUCGCUGAAGUCGAGAGCACAUCUGUUAAGGUCUCAUUCGAAAUCCUCACUAUCAUCAACGAGAUAGUUCAUCGUAUCUACGUUAAGAAGGAUAAGUCUAUCACUACCGCUGAGCAACUCUUAGGAAGGGUUGAAACAUGGAGCCGAAAGCUUCCAAAAUCAUUAUCGAAUCACCACAACUCUCUUGAAGACCCGAACCGGAAAGAAAGCCUUGCAGAGAUGCAUGUAUCCUGCCUCUAUUACUAUGCGAUAACUCUCAUCACAAGGCCAGUCCUGGUAUCUGCUUUGACCUCGGGAUUAGGGUCUGAUGGGUCGCAAUUGGCCUCAGCCUGUCUCGAUGCCGCGAUCCUUCUGGUACAGACUUGCGUAAAUGUUUAUAGAAAGAAGUUGAUGAUCGGCAACAUGUGUUUUAUCAAGGCCUUGAUAUUCGCUUCUGGUCUUAUUAUUGGGUUCGCUAUAUUCGUGGAACAAAAGGGAGAUGACGAGCUCGACGCCGCCUUCCACGGAGCGCAAAGCAUUCUCAGCUUUCUAUCAACGCAAAGCCCACAGGCUGCCCAUUAUAUGGAUAUACUGAGCCUUCUAUCGCGUGCUAUUACUUCCAAACGUCAAAAACAAACGCAGCGAGGGCGCAACAAGUAUGUUGAAAAGCUUUUUGCGCAUAGCCAAGAAAUCAGUGCUGCUGUUUCCAUGGCGCAUGAUGACAAUCUGGUCUUACCGAUAAAUGGGUCUAGGAUCACAACAGAAAAUAGCGCAAUUCCCUUUCUGGGUAGCGAGAUGUUACCAUCAACGUUUGAAGACGUGAGUAUUGAGUUGCCAUUCGAUUGGGACAUCUUGGAAAUUUCUCAGUGGGACAGUUUUCCUUUUUUGGACCAGAGCGAUCUUCAGUUCGAAUAG